UCUGUAUGAUACUCGUCAUCACCGCAACCUUCCGGCUACUCUCUCCUCAAUCGCUUACGCCAGUCGUCGCCACUUUUGUCUCUUCCAGGCUACCUCUUUUCUCGUCUUUAUAACUGUGCGAUGCAGACGGUUAUCGCCAUCAUUCGCAUCAUCUUCAUCUAUCUUCUCGUUGUGCUUCUCGGGUUUGUGGAUUACUGUCGCAGCAUCAUCCUCGAUGUGAGGGACUGUAUUAUUUGGCUGUUCACAUUCCUUUUUGUUGAGGUCCCUGCCAAGAUUUCUGAGCGCAUGGCACUACAUCAGGCGCGUCGAGACGGUGAUAGUGCCCGUACCAGCUCAGAUCCCACACCGGCCGACACAACCCCUGCCCCUACAGGAACAGGCCCCAUCCAUACCAACUCAAGUCAUACCGGUACAGGCCCCAUCCAUACCAACUCGAGUCACACCCGUACGGACUCGCAUCAGCCUCCAGUUGAGCUUGACGACAUCGGGGCUCAGAACCAACCAUCGAAUUCGCAAGCUUCUACCGACGACGCCGGCCCAAAGCCUAACUCCCUCCCUGCCUUGGACGACGGAAGCAGUGUACUGCCAGUAUAGACACGGGCAGAUGCAAUGGAUUCCUCUGAAUCUGACCCUCAGUUUAUGCGGGCUUCUAACGAGCUCAUAACGGAGGCAUCUGGAGCUCAGGAAAUACGCCCUUCGAUCAACGAAUCAAUCGACUCAUCUACAACCUCUCAGCUUCAGCCGGAUACCAACGCGUUCACAUCGUCCUCUCACAGCGACCCGACUUCUCAAACUCGAACUGGACCCGUCCUUUACAUUUCAACUUCAGCCAGGGGUGAGAGUGUUAUCAAUCGCCCA